UGCAAAAAAUAGGAUACCCAUCAAUAUUGAUUAUAUUCCAGUAUUCGUGGCCAUUGUAUUUGGUACUAUACAGUUGUGGAAAGCAACACUACUUCUUCAUCCAACGAAAUGUCUGAAGACUUUGAAGAUUUUCCCGCAAGCCUCCAAAGAAGAAAUUACAAAAUACGAGAAGCAACUUACUUUUCAAAAUAGGCGCCGAGAUGAGAAUUCUCGUUGUAUCUUUCACUUCGCAACUGUCACCGAACUCUAUACUGUACGCAACAAUACUCGCGCUCUUUUUCCAAACGCCUUCUUCGUUCCUACUAGCCUCCAAGCUCAACACCCUAAUGCUCCACUGCACCCUGUUGGAACGGCAUGGAUACUAACAGAAGUGGGAGUACGCAAUAGUGAUUUCGGGGAAGACGAUAGAUUCUUUUCAUACCAAUUGAGGAGAACUCAACAAGGAUAA